ACGAUUGAGUGUUGGCCGCACCAGGGGACUUAUCAUUGACCAACUUCAUUUACGAUGGUCUACACGUCCGUAUGUGUCGUUUGUGUGUCCGUGAUGUGUAGGGAGCGUAAUGUCGUUGAGACCUUCGACAAGCGUCAGCAUGAGUCCUGAGAUGCACAUGCGCUUGAGUCCCGAGAAGCACAUGCGGUUAGCAAGACCGUUUUCACCUUGUGCGAGAUCGGUGCGGCAUCAUGACGGUCAAACGUGGAUCGGCGAAGCACCCAAGGAGGACUUCGACGAGGACCCAUGGACGACUGUCGUCUCGUACAUGAACCGGCAUCUCAACGAAUGGAACGAUAAUGAUUGGAAGGCGAUGGAGCGUGCCUGCCCUUGGGCAAACCAUUGCAAGUUUGCCAACAUGUUAGAGUUCGGGAGCCUCAUUGCACUGCCUGAUGGUGUCCUCCACCGAAAGACCCUGGACGAUAAGGGUAAACCGAUUCGCUACCGUACCAGCUUUAGACGUCGCCUCCACUGCGAGUACAUCACAUCUUCGCCACAAACUUGGGGAAGUUCGCAGAAGCAAGAGUUGGUGGAUUGCGUUCGUCAUUGUUCAUUUUUGGAAUACUACCUACCCCGUUGCCCAGGGACUUCUCCACAAGCUAUAUCGUAUUGUUGUGUGCGGUUGACUGAUGACGGAUGUCCUUUCGCCAGAGUGCUAUGUGUGGCUUCUUCAGACAAAAGUAGAAAACUCGUGGAUGCAGUUGUGCUCAUGUCACGGAAUGAGAUGGUACAACAUGAUUACAAAUUCAAGUCGGUGAUGUCUCGCCCCGAUGUAGAUGGGCGGUCAGAUUUCGUGAGAGCAGGCGGAGAAGGCGGAGAAGGCGGCGAAGGAGGGGUGGCGGCGGGCGCGGAGGUGGCGGGCGAAGAAGGUAGUUUAGGGUUUUGGGAAGAAGAAGAAGAGAGGAAAAAAGAAGAAGUAGAAGAAGAAGAAGAAGAAGAAGAAGAAGAAGAAGAAGAAGGAGAACGACUAGGAGGAGGAGGGCGGGCGGAGGUGGGCGGUGGCAGAGGCGGGCGGUGGCGGAGGCGGGCGGUAGUGGAGGCGGGCCAUGGCGGGCAGUGGCGGAGGUGGACGGUGGCGGAGGCGGGCGAUGGCGAUGGCGAUGGCGAUGGCAGAGCCGGGCGAUGGGGGAGGCGGACAAUGGCUCAUGCGGGCGGUAGCGCAGACAGACGGUGCAACGGGUGGAGGCGGGCGGUUUUUGUGGAAGAGCUCGGGGAUUACUUAGCUCCACGAGUUAAGAGCAGGCUUCGUCCGUUCAGGUACCCGAGCGUUGCGACAACAUCGACCCCCGGACCGUCGAAAACGAAGGGAGACAAGGAGAAAAUGCGUCCGCCAGGUGUGGUUUCCCCACAAAUAUGUGUCAACUCCUUAGCAUCUCUCGAGAAAGGUUUGGGUACGAAGCCAAAACGUGAGAAGAAGAAAGCGUUUGCAACGAAACCUGUGGCGCCUUCGAAAGAUAAAGGUAAAGCUCCGCAAGAGGAGCUUGAAGUUCCUCGAGGUCUCGUGCCCGGCGAACUCACAGACGAGCUGAAACGUGUCUGGAAUGAGCUGGAGAAUUUGAAGGAGAAGAAAAUCUCCCAAGAGCCUUUCUACCUGCCUAUGUCGUGAGAGGUCAAGAAUCAGAAGCUCAAGCGGCUGGCGAAAAGUCAGAUUCACACCGACGUCGCUCCAGAGUCUAGCGAGUCGGAAGGUGGGAAGAAAAAGCGCGGUGUGAGAAAGCUGGAUAGGGCGGUUGCGAAACAUCAAGAGAUGACGUUCUUCAAUCCUCGCCUGAAAUUAAAGGACAACAAAGUUGCUUUGGCACUGACUGACACGCCUGCUCAGCCUUGGAUUACGAUGGGCAAUAUCCCGCAAGAGGCUAACAUCCCCAUCUUGACAGAAGUUGUGUCUAAGCAGAUCUCCCUGCAUAAGAUGGAGAGGAAGUUCAGGGUCGUGAAGAAGUUUAGCUACGUUGCAAAGGCCUUUUGCGAUGGUGUGAAGUGCAAAGACUUCGAACCCACAGAGGAGUUGUAUCCUUUGCACACCAAAAAGGAGGUUCUCGAGCCGUUCAUCGGAAGUUUUGAGAGGCGAGGGGCGAAACCCACUGCUUUGCUAAAUCAUAUUGAACAAGCUAAGGAGUGGAGGAAGAUGGAGGACAGGAGGAUUAGAGAUGCGCAAAGAGCGAGUCGCGAUUUCUUCCAAGCGCAUUCUUUGGAAAACCCUUUCGUGGACUCGACUGAGUUGAAGUAUGAAGGGUGCGGGGGCCAGGUAAAGGUUAUUCAAGGCGAUAGGUUGCAUUUGGCACAACUGAAGAAGGACAAGGUGUCGAUUUCUCUUUCUAUCUUCGAUUUUCCCUACGGCUUUGUGCACAAAGGUCACGCACGUGACACGGAGCCGUUCCCGGAGAGUGACAUUGUCGACGUGCUGCAGAAUAUCAAGGAGGUUACGAGCGCAUCGCUUUGGACAGUCGCUGCUUUCUGUUCUAUGGACAUGUUAUCCUCGGUGAGGUCCGCGUUCGCAAAGAUCUGCAAUGCUGGUCAAGAGCUUGUUACGUGUUGCAAGCCGAACACGACAAAUCUCGGUGGCCCUAUACUUGUCAGCGCGACAGAGUUCUGCGUUCUGGGGUACUACAAUGUAACGGGCCAGCGUGAGAUGACGCAUUACAACUUCGCUCCCACCGAUCCCCGUCACAACUUUCAAGUUUUUGAUGCGGUCACGCGGAAGUUCGUGUAUCCAGGGGUCAUUGCUUGCAUAAUGGCCAACAGGAACUGUCUUGUCGUGGAGUUGGACAAACGGUGUGCAAAGGGAAUCCGCAUGAGGCUACUCACUGACCUCGAAGGGACAUUGAAGAGAGAAAAGCCAAAACAGGGGAAGGGCAAAUCGAAGGAGCAGCACCAUGAUGCAGACAUUGAGGUAUCUGGGGAUCACGGCCUCGCGGAAGAAGAGCAACAUGUUGAGGAAGGCACGACCAGGGAGGCUUCCGGCCAAGAGAUGACGCAUGAGACCCGGGAGCCGUUGUCGGGAUUGAUUGCAACCAAAGCCGAACUGCCGGCAGGAUCUGGCCAGCGUCAGGAACCGCCCGUGGCAGUACCUGCAGAGGAGCAGCUGGGUGGAAAUAUCCCACCGGCCGAGGCAUGUGCACACUUGACAUUUUGAAAUUCCCCUGGUCACUGGUUUGCUCGUUGGCUGUUGUCUAUUGGUAUUAGAUUCACUGUUGCGCUGGUGUUGUUGUCGUUGCUUGUUAAAGUCCUAUAUCGCUGCUCAGAUUUUUGCUCCCGCUGUGAAAGAGUUCUAAAUCUGAGACCGAGGACUGUGCGCACUUUUGUUUCGUUUUGAGUCCUAGAUCCACUGUAAUAUCUUUUCUUCACCCUCCACCUCCGUCUGCCAUAGCCGAUCCGCGCUUCGUAGCUCGAUUACCUUCCGCAAUAGUUGAACCAAUAUCAUGCACACUAUAAAGUUGCCAUGAUAUUGUUUGUAUAAAGGUGAUGGAUUCCCUUCGCAGCUUAUAGUCGUCAGUGCCUAUGGUGAACCCCGAAUCAAUACCCAGUUUUUGAUGAACACCGAAUCAAUUCCCGGUUCUCGC